AUGGUCCAUCAGAAGGAAGACCAAAAUAGUGGACAAGUGAGCACCAAUCCUUCUGUUACCCCUGCCGAAACCAAUAACCAAACACCAGCAGACAAGCCCGGCAAGGAGUCAAGCUCCUCAUCUGCUGCUUCAUCAGAAGACAUAGAUGACGAUGAAUUCUUUCAGAUAGAGGGUCCAAUACUAGGCAGCACACUAUCGUUUGGUCAAAACCCAGUAAUCACAGAUAUCAGGCAACAGAGCAGUUCAUCUUCAAAUCAUGGAAGUCAUGCCCCCACUGACCCAAAGCAGUCACCAUCGGUGCAGGCCAUGUCUAGGGCGCCAGAUGAGUGUCCAGACCCUAAAAGAAUCCCAUCGUCCAUCUUUGCAAGGUCAAAAUCGUCGUCGCCGACGGACUGGAGCGUGACGUCAAAUGAAUCUCUGUUUAGCAUCAAUGUUGGGAACGCGAGCUUUUCAAAGGACCAUUUCUUCUUGUAUGGCAAGUCAGGUGAACUGAGCAACCCCAAUGACCCAUUGGCGCCACUGCCGCCAUUGCCAAGGCCGAGCACCAGCUCUAGCCCCAUGAGAAGUGAGAAGGCCAAGAUAACCGCACAGGCCAGUGCAAAACUGAAGCCUGCUGCUACCAGGGAAGGGGACCAAGAUGGGGAUGGCACUACAGAUUAUAUCCAUAGCCUGUCACACCGUUCCGAUGCUAGCGCAACAAGCUUCGCAUUCCCAAUAUUGGCUAGUGAUGAGAGAAAUAGUGGAUCCGUGAAGGAUGACCCUCCUGAGCUUGCGCGGCAAAGCACAUCACAUUCGCAGUCGUCCCAACAGGCAGAGCCUCCUGCUGAGCAGCAGGAAGCUCCGAAAGUUCAAGCCGAAGCCAAGACACGGGAAGCUGAUCAAGAAGCCCCGGAACCAACCCCAGAACUAGCACCGGCGCCGGCACCGGCGUCGGCGGCAGAACCAACGCCGCAACCAUCAGCCGCGGCGAAAUGGUUUCCUUGCUGCUCUUGCUGCCCAUUCUGUUGCUGA